UGGAUCUGAAUGGGGAGUCAAAGCUGGCAAUGGAGAUAUCAAAUGACAGUCUGGAUCUCUUCUCUUCAUUCUUUCCCCAACUCUCUCCUCCUGCUGAUCCAGAGACUCCGCUCCUCCCUUCUUUCUCGGCACCUCCAAAGCACUCGAGCCUCUCAUCCCUGCGGUACAAGACAGAACUGUGCAGCAGAUACGCAGAGAGUGGAUUCUGUGCUUACAGGAAUCGCUGUCAGUUUGCCCAUGGUCUAAGUGAGCUCAGGCCUCCAGUUCAGCACCCCAAAUACAAGACAGAACUGUGUCGCUCCUUCCAUGUCCUUGGCACCUGUAACUAUGGCUUGCGUUGCCUGUUCAUUCACAGUCCCCAGGAGAGAAGGGAGCCUCCGGUCUUACCUGAUAACCUCAGUCUUCCACCACGCAGGUAUGGUGGUCCUUAUAGGGAGAGAUGCCGCCUCUGGAGUGCCCCUGGUGGCUGUCCUUAUGGAGCUCGGUGCCACUUUCAGCACCCAAAAAGUGCCAGGGAGACUUGCCGUCACUUUGCUGCUCUUGGAGACUGUCCAUAUGGAGCUUGUUGUCACUUCUCUCAUAGCCCUCCCCUUGACAGGUGGGGUUCAGGAACAAAGAAUAGCAGUGGGUCCCUCUCCCCUUCAGAUCCAGACAGUGACCCUGACACCCCUGUCCUCUCAGAAUCUCCUGCUAACAAUGCCUUCAGUUUUUCAAGCCUCCUCCUACCUCUUGCCCUGCGCCUGCAGAUUCUUGGAGAUGAAGACUUGCCUACUGCUUCUGACCCACUGCCUGGAGAUGAUACCGACCUACUCCCUGGAGAUGAAGAAAUUGCUCAGGGUCUACUGUCUGUCCUCGGCUAACUUUAUACUUUAUUAUAAUGACUCUGGCAUAGAAUUAACAUGCAUAGCAUGUUGCCCCAUUUUUUUUUCUUCUUUCUUUUAUCUUUUAUGCCAGCAGUUGAGAAGCCAGUCUUAUUUACAACCUUCUCUUGUACAUACAUUUAUUAAUUUAUUGCCCACCUGACUGCAGUUAUGCUAUUUUAAUAUUGGUUAAGUGGCUGGUGGUUUUUAAGACAAGAUGUUUUUAUGUCACUAAUUAAUUAAAAGUGUGAUUUUAUUAAAUCUGUUUUUAAGCGUA